AUGGCCUUUACGCAACAACAGAUCUCUACUCUUAUAAUCAUUGAGAGAGUCACCGCUAGUAUAUCACUCACUGCAACACUUCUCCUUUUCACUACUUUCCUUCUCGUCAAGGAAUUGCGCACGCUGUCGAACACCCUCAUUUUCUACGCUUCCUUUGCGAAUGUCUUUGCAAACGUUGCGGCGCUCAUUGGAGGGGAGGCUUUGAGGAAUGAGAAUGGUGCUUUAUGUCAGUUUCAGGGAUUUUUGUUGGAGAUGUGAGUUCGAUGUUGGGAAUUGCUGCUUGUUGAUGAGGGUGUGCUGAUAUGAGUAGGUUCAUGCAAUCGGAUCCGAUGUGGAGUUGUGCUAUGGCUGUAAAUGUAUAUCUUGUCUUCUUUCAUCGUUAUGAUGCCCAUCGAUUGAAGAGGUUAUACUGGCUUUAUGGGUUGAUUUGUUAUGGAUUGCCUUUCAUACCAGCUAUAUUUUGUCUACUGUAUAAAACGAAACAGAAGGGGAAGAUGUAUGGGAAUGCGACUGUAAGUGUCAAUCCUUCAUUCGUCAUCUCCUUCAUUGAACGGGGGGAAGUUACUGAUGGUUUUGGGCAGCUUUGGUGUUGGAUAGACAACGAAUGGGCAGCUGUAAGAAUCUACUCCUACUACGCGCCCGUCUGGCUCGCUAUCCUCAUCUCUCUCCUCGUCUACCUCCGAGUCGGGAUUGAGAUUUUCCAAAAGCGAUCCGAACUUCGCGCCGCCAUAGAGAGCAACCCAAAGUCAACGCAUCACACAGCCACCGCACCGUACAUCCCAAUGCCUGCAUUUUCAGGAACUCGAACAACAGAAGUACAAGUUACAAGCGACCGCAAACACUCCAUCCCGUCCCCCACCCUCGAAAGACCAUACCCCCGUCCGAAAAACGAUUUACUGCGAUACGCAGGCCAUCAAAAAGAGGCCUACACAAUAACCAUCUCCGCCUCUCAUCUUCCUCGCUCAUCCUUACCCUCACACACAACAUCAACAGUAUCUUCCACCUCUCCCAUCUCAACAAUAACUCCUCACGUCCCUUUCCCCACAAAGCGCCAGGUUCCAGCCAUUGAUAAGAUCAAAUACGCAUACACCAAGACCGCACUCCUCUUCGCUAUCUCUAUCCUGAUUACUUGGGUCCCUGCAUCGGUAAAUCGGGUUUACGGGUUGAGGUAUCCCCGUGAACCGAGUUUUGCAUUGAACGUUGGAAGUGCGGUUGUUCUGCCGCUGCAGGGAUUUUGGAAUAGUGUGAUAUUCUUUGGGGGGAGUCUGGGCGUUUUGAGGAGAUUAGUAAAGAGGAAGAGAGAGGGGAUGGGUAGGAAAAGCAGUGCGGUGGGUUUUGUGAAUUUGGAGAUGAGGAGGGAGGGGAGGAGUGGAGAUUUCAAGGAGCAUGAAAAUAUCGAUGACAAUAAUGAUUGCAGAGGAAGUGGGGGAAAAGAGGAAGAGGUUCGAAGAUGA